AUGCAAUCGCUACUCGUUUGGCUCGUCGCUGCUGCUAGUGUGGUGUCUGCUCACAAGGGAAAUACCAUCAAGCUUAAGAAGCGACCACAUACUCAAGAUACUCUAAACGCUCUCUUCUCCAAUGUCCAGUCCGUUUAUAGCAACCGACUUGCGUUUCAAUCCGAAACCUCUGAAGACCAAUACAUUCUUGGUGGUGGUGCAGAGCAUUCUGUUCCCUUGACCGACUUUGCUAAUGCUCAGUAUUUUGGUGAAAUUCAAAUUGGCACUCCUCCACAGCCCUUUACUGUCAUAUUUGACACUGGAUCUUCCAAUCUAUGGGUCCCUUCCACUCGCUGUUCAUCCAUUGCUUGUUGGAUGCAUCGCCGCUAUGAUGCAUCUGAAUCAUCUACUUAUGUCAACAAUGGUACCGAGUUUGCCAUCCAGUAUGGUACUGGUGCACUUGAGGGUGUUAUAUCUCAAGACACUGUUACCAUUGGUGGGCUUACAAUUGAAAAUCAAGGAUUCGGCGAGUCUGUUAAAGAACCUGGAAUUACCUUUGCCGUUGGUCGAUUUGAUGGCAUCCUUGGACUUGGUUUUGAUACCAUCUCUGUUCAAAAGGUUGUUCCUCCCAUGUACAAUCUGAUUAACAAUCAUCAGCUGGAUACACCACUGUUUGGUGUCUGGCUUGGAAGCAGCUCUGGGGAAGAGGGCGGUGAAAUUGUGUUUGGCGCUGUUAAUCACGACCACUUUAAAGGAGCAGUUACAUGGGUUCCAGUGGUACGCAAGGCUUAUUGGGAAGUCGAACUCGAGGGAGUCACUAUUGGAGGAAAAAAGCUUGCAAUCAAGAGCAGCAGAGCUGCCAUUGAUACUGGAUCUUCACUUUUUGCUCUUCCAGUCGCAGAAGCUGAUGCCAUCAAUGGUAUUCUCGGUGGAAAAAAGAACUGGAACGGCCAGUUUAUAGUCGACUGUGCCACCAUCGACAGUCUUCCAGAACUAACCCUUCAGUUUGGAGGUCAAAAGUUUGUCAUUACUGGAUCUGACUAUAUUCUUCAAGUGAGUGCUGGUCCAGUUGGAGGCGGCGAUCAGUGCAUUUCUGGAUUCAUGGGUCUUGAUAUUCCUGCUCCUGCUGGACCAUUGUGGAUUGUGGGUGAUGUCUUUUUACGCAAGUUUUAUACCAUCUAUGAUGUUGGCAAUGCCCGCGUAGGAUUUGCCGAAGCUGCCUGAGUGCAUUUGAAUUAUUUGAUUGAAAAUGAACUAUACUUUGAGAUGACUGC